UGUAUCCCUUUCAAUAUGUGUCUCUUUUCCCACCUCCAGGAUGUCCUUACUGUUCACUAUCAUCUGAUACCAUCACCAUCAAAGAGUAAAAAUGGCAGCAAAGAGAAAGAAAAAGAACAGGAAAAAGAAAAAGAUGUAAAAGAAGAAUUUGCUGAAGCUUUAAGAGAUCUAAAAAUACAGUGGAUGACUAAGCUGGAUACCACUGACAUGUACAAUGAGUUGAAAGAAGCAUUUCCUAAUCAUCUUCCAUUAUAUGUUGCAAGACUUCAUCAGCUGGAUUCUGAAAAGGAACGAAUGAAAAGACUAGAUGAAAUUGUUGCCGCUGCAAAUACUGUAAUCUCUCAUAUUGAUCAGACAGCAUUAGCGGUAUAUUUUGCCAUGAAGACUGAUCCCAGGCCUGAUGCAACUACUAUAAAAAAUGAAAUGGAAAAACAGAAGAGUACUUUAGUAGAUGCACUUUGUCGAAAAGGAAGUGCGCUGGCUGACCAGCUGCUUCAUCUGCAGGCCCAAGAAGGGGCUGCUUCCAGUGAUACAGAAGGCAAAGAUGAGGAUCAUGAGAGCUGCUCAGAAGCUUUGACAGAGACAUUCUGGGAAACAACAAAAUGGACUGAUCUUUUUGACAGCAAGGUAAGAGACUAGAACAGAGUUUUUUUC